UUGAAUCGGACGCAGGCAUUUUGCUACCUUCCCGAUCGAAGUACGGCGCGUUGUUGGUAGAAAUCGACGCGGUAAUAGUAAUUUCAUAAAUUAUAAGUGCUUGAUUUUUUAUUUUCUACAGUUUCAAGUUAUAUUUUUGUGGCGUUUGUGGAUUGCUGAAAUAUCCGAACUGAAUGCCAUCAUCGAAAUUUAAUUUUUCUGGGACGCUGUUUUUACAGGACGAGUAACUGGUGCAGAAGCGUUGUGCAAAAGAACAGCUUCAAGGCUUUUCUUGAAUUAGUCAAUAAAAAGCCUUCAGUCUUCAGAAUUGUGGUAGUGAAGACACUCGAUUGAAGCGGAUUGAGGACACUAAAGGCUUGCAGGCAGAUUUUGACAAGCAUUUCGUAGAAAGAUGGUUGGUUGCCCUAGUUGAGAGCUGUAGAAUUACCAAAUAAAGCAGAGAACUAAAAUCUAAGCAUUGGCUGAUGUAGUUUGCUCCAAUUUUACGCCAUGACCAACCCAUAUGCAGGUGGCCAGCCGGCGGCGGCAUCAUGAGGCGGCUAAGGGCCGCCCUAACCUUUUUUCUGGCACUAUGGGGAGCGACAGGGGGCCGAGAACAAUGUCCCUCUCCCGCCGCUAACCCUUCGUGCCAUUGUUUAGAUUUCGACAAUGGCGGCGUUUUCCUGGAUUGUCCUGCCGCAACGGCGCACUCGUUGAAAUUGGUUUUGGGAGCUUUAGAAAGUCCUGUGCAGUCACUUUCGAUUUAUGACCCCGAUAAGACUUUGAUUAGACUGCCGAAAGACUUUUUCCUCGAGGGAUCCGUAAUCCGACAUCUCCAGAUAUCGCAAUCGAGCAUCCAGGAGUUGCAAGAUGACUCGUUAUUUCCUUUGAAACUUCAUUUGGAAUCAUUUAGUCUGGUUUCCGGAAAACUAAAAGAAGUACCGCAAAAAGCUUUUAAGGGACUAAACAAACUAAUCGCGUUAGAUCUCGAGGCAAACGAAAUCAAAGAGCUGCCGAGUUAUAGUUUCUACGGGUUAAGGCUAAUGAAGCUGAACAUCAAAGGAAAUCAAGUACAAAAGGUCUCCGAAUACGCUUUUGCUGGCUUAGAAGGCACCCUCUCCGAAUUGGACGUGGCCGAAAACAAGCUCCAACAUUUCCCUAUCAAAGCUCUCAGACGGCUCGAACAGCUACGACAUCUACGCCUCGCGUGGAACGAAAUUAACAGUAUUCAAGACGACUCCUAUUCCCAUCUAAACUCGCUUUUGUAUCUCGACCUCAGUUUCAAUAAUUUCGAGAAUUUAGAGAAGGACUCCUUUCGGAUAUGCCCCGCGGUGCGGACUUUGUCGUUGUAUUACAACGCGAUCGAAAACGUACACCAGGAGGCUCUCGCGUCGUUACGCGAUCUCGAAUCGCUCGACUUGAGUCAUAACAAAAUCGUUUAUCUGGACUCGUUGACGUUUCAGAACAACAAGAAACUGCGCUCGGUCGAUCUCAGUCACAACCAUGUGCACUACAUCAGCGGAGUGUUCGCGUUUUUGCCCGAACUAAAGGAACUCUUUUUAUCGGAAAAUAACAUUUUGGAAAUUCCGGUGGACGCGUUCACCGACUCCGCUAACUUGACGGUGAUAUAUCUUCAGCAAAACGCGAUAAGACGCAUCGAUCGUGACGCAUUUCGGACGCUGACUAACUUAACUCAGUUACAUUUAAGUUCGAACUUCAUUCCUCGUUUGACGCGAGACAUUUUCGCAGAAAACCGCAACCUAGCGUCGCUGAGCGUCGACAGCAACUGGUUAGUAGAUUUGGAACCUGGCACUUUCGAGAGAACUGCGAAUCUUAAAGAGAUAAGACUGCAUAGUAAUAGAAUUAGGUCCAUACAAAGGGGCGUAUUUGAUCCGCUGCCGGUUCUGUUGGAGCUGCAUCUGCAAAACAAUCAAAUAACGUCGAUCGACACAGGAUCCUUCCGCACGUUGCAAAGUCUUCAACACGUCAAUCUGCAAGGUAACUUCAUUUCGGAAUUAGGAGACGUCUUUAUGCACGAGUCGCCGUCUUUGGUAUCCAUCCAAUUAGACUCUAAUAUUAUAACAUCUCUGCACAACGAUUCACUUAAGGGACAGUCAAGCGUACAAAUCAUGUGGCUUGGACACAACAGAUUAACUCGACUAACGACGGCUUUGUUCAGAGAUCUUCUUUUAAUACAAAGAGUGUACUUAACCAACAACAGCAUUUCGUUCAUAGAAGACAAAGCUUUCGAACCGAUGCAAGCCUUAAAGUUUCUCGAUUUAAGCGUAAAUUUUCUGACCGAAGUUACGACACGGAGUUUCGCGGAACUCUACGAGUUGGAGGAGUUGUAUCUGUCGCGCAAUCUCGUCGAAAAAGUCGAACCCAGAGCCCUGACCAAUUUGAAAAAGUUAAGGGUGCUUGAUUUGUCGUUUAAUCCACUUAAAGUGCUCCACGGGUUUAUUUUUCAAGAAGGAUUGCCGAUUAGAAAGUUGAGUUUGGUAAACUGUUCGAUCUGUAAAAUAGAGCGGGGUGCUUUUCACGGUUUGAACAACCUUAACGAGUUGAAUUUGGAAUCUAACGAUUUAUCCGCCGCGGACUUGGCCCAUCUCGAUAUUCCGGGACUGCGAGUUUUAAAACUAAGCAAGAACAACUUGACGGAACUCCACGGGGCGGCGCUCAACGGACUCCCGUCGUUACAAGAAGUUUUCAUGGAGGAAUGCGGCGUGAGCAAACUGGCCUUCGGGUUAUUCGCAAAGAACAAAAAUUUGUUGAGGAUCGAUUUAAGCGAUAACGACUUAAACGAACUCAAGCACGGCGUAUUUCUCAACUUGAAUGUUUUAAAAGAGUUGAAGUUAAUCCGCAACAAGUUCCAAUCCCUUCCUUACACCGCUCUUUUAAACAUAUCUACGAUGGAAACCCUUUCGCUAGCGCACAACCGAUUGGUCACCCUGGAGGUGUCGCAACUGAACGGUUUGCCAAAUUUGCGGGACUUGGAUUUGAAAAACAACCGAAUAUCGUCAUUGUCCGGUUUCGCAUCGGCCAACUUGACUCAGUUAGUGUCGGUUGAUUUGAGCGGAAACGAACUCUCUGCGUUGCCGGCAAAUUUUUUUCAUCAUUCGGCGCUACUGAGGCGCGUGGAUCUGUCGAGGAACCAUUUCAAACAUAUCCCGAACGCGGCGCUGGCGGAAAACACGCUGCACGGCCUCGGCUGGCUUAAUUUGACAGGCAAUCCGUUGGUGAGGAUUCAUGACGUUGCUUCCGCACGGAACUACCCUACGCUGGAGGAGGUACACAUAAGGUCAACCAAUCUGACCAUCGUUACCAGUAAGGAUUUCGAAUGUUUCCCUGCUCUUCUACAUAUCUAUUUGGGUCAGAACCAAAUCGCUCGUAUUUCUCCAGGUGCCUUUGCCAAUCUUCCACAGCUUCUGUCCUUGGACUUAGGAAUUAACGAAAUUGAACUGUUACCGCAGGAACGUCUUCAGGGUUUAUAUCAUCUGCGCGUUCUGAACUUAACUCACAACAGGCUAAAAGAGUUGGACGAUUUUCCGGCAGAUUUGAAAUCUCUACAAAUUUUAGACAUUUCGUUCAACCAAAUAGUAAGAAUAAGCAAGACAACUCUACAGAAUUUGGAAAAUCUUGCCGAAUUGUACUUAUAUGGUAACUGGAUCUCGUCGGUGUCUGGGGAAGCUUUUCGGCCAUUAAAAAAAUUGAGGACAUUGGAUUUAAGCAAAAACUAUUUGGAAUAUAUUCCACUGAAUGCCUUUAGACCUUUGGAAACUCAGAUUAGAAGUUUGAGGACUGAAGAAAAUCCACUUUCCUGCAGCUGCGACUCGCAAGAACUUUGGGAGUGGCUCCGAGAUCACCAGAAAUUAGUGGAACGCAGGAAUACGUUAGAGCUAAAAUGCGAACAUCCACCAGAACUUCGUGGUAGAGUAUUUUUGGAUUUAGAUCCGGAACAGUUCUGCGAUCAACCCAUGGUAAUCAAGCUGGGAAUUCAGGACAUACAACCAUUUUCAGUAUUAGUGUCUUGGCAGAGCAGGAAUCACUCAGGGUUGCAUGGAUAUCAAGUGGCAUAUUAUUCAACGGACGCCAUUGAGGAGGUGCGUGGAAAAUUGCUGGAUCGUUCCGCGCGCUCGUUAAAACUUUCUCCUUUAUAUCCUGGCACCAAAUAUGUAGUUUGCGUGCUGGCUUUGGGUAACUGGGCAUCGGCGAGAAGACGUGCCACAGCUGAGUCAAGAAUUGCGAGUAGAAAACCCACCACUCACAACGAUUCACUCUUCACACGGCAUGAUGGUUUAGAAACUUUUGACCACGGUGUGGUGCCUUUUCUUGUGGAUUCUGCAACGAGUAAAUGCGCGGAGGUUAUCACUUUGGGUGCACCAGAUUCGGCAAUGCUUCCUGAUCAUUCUGUUGGAAUUCAGUCGAUACUUACUCGAAGGCUAGGUUUAAUCAUUGGUUGUUGUAUGGGAUUCAUCGUUUUCGUCAUUUUGGUAUCCGUGUUAGGUUACCUUAAGGUGAAGAAGCAAAGGCGCACCGUCAAACGCGAUCAGCCCACUGCCCCACCCGAGUACCUGUCUUAUCGCCAUUUUUCCAUCCAAAGCGGAGAGGUAGGUGAUCGAUCCGGUCAUCCGCAUUUUAUUACAAAUAUCACCAACACGUCAACGCUCAACUAGGUAGUUUUCGCCUAAUAAGAUCGUGUAGAUCGCGCCAGUAUUAACAAUGGAAUUAUUUCUGCCCGAUAUCCUUAAACAUAAAAUUAGGUCGUUAGAACGUCGUUGUAAAUUUCACCGUAUUUGUUUUUAGUUAGAAUGAAACCGCACGUAAGAUACAUCAGGAUAAAAUCUUAUUUCUAUGGCAGCCAAUUCGAAAGCUAUAUUUAAUAAGUCCAGUAUUUGAGUAGAAUUACUGUAUUUGUAUUUCAUUUUGAAACAUAUAAGAUCGUCUUGAUUUCAAGUGUUAAUAAUAUUUUUUUAUAACGUUAGACAGAUUCGGAAACUUUCAGUUGGGUUCAAAUGUUAUGGUAAUUUUUGCUAUAGUUAAACCCAGUCUUAUCGUGCGGGUUCAAAGGUCACCAAUUAUAUGAAUCCAAUCAGAAAACAAAGAGACUACGAAAAUGUUGUACAGGUACAAAUAUACCCGAAGAAAGGAAAAAAUAGUUUUUGUUGUGGCUGUGAUAGUAAAAAACUAAAUUAUAUUGGAUAUUUUGAUAGUCUAAUGAAGUAAACACCUUUUAUCCUUUUUAUAACAACAAUUAUACAUAUACCUUAUACAUUGAUUCUUGAUCUAUAUAUAAGCGGAAAUGUAGAAAAACCAUCAAUCUAGGUAUGGAGCUAACUUUAAAUUAUUGACAAACCAUUCUCCUGUGACACGCGUACCUUGUCAAAUUGCAAAAAACUCCCUAAUAAACCUCUCAUUUAUUCUAAUAUGGAAAAGAUCUUAGAUGUUAGACAAUUACUUUUUGUCAAAAUUACGAAUUACUUUUACAAACGCAAGAACAGCUUAUUCCAUCACGAUCUCAAAGGCAAAUACUACGAAUAACAAGGAGAGAAAAUACUUACUUACUUAGUAAGAAAAAUUAUUGGUCUGCUACCCUUCGUGGUAAUUUAAAAUUCUAUAUUCUGCAACAAAUAUGCAAAGAAAAUAAAAGAAUAGAAAGAGUACAAAUAGAACGAAUAGAACACCCCAGAUUAUAUAUCCAUCAAGUAGACAACUCAUUAAGUUUCAACUCUGUGUGGUUUAAAUCGGUAAUAUUACACACCACACACUUAAAAUAUUUGUAUAUUGCAAUUGUGUAUGUCAGAUCACACACAAAUAUUAUACCUUAACCAUUUCUUCCUGGAACCAUAUAUUGCGUCUUCUCGGUGUUCACUUCCAGAUCCCACUGAUUCCAUUCCUCUAUCAUGUAUUGUUGAUCUUCGGCCAUAAUAACUUUGCCGUAUUUUCUACUCUACUGCUUUAGAGCGACACACAGGGGAAGAGGCAGCGACCAUGUGUCAGUGCUCUUGUCUGUUGAAAAGGUGCAGAGGUCUGAUCUCCGAUUUUUAUUAUCGCUUGGUUUUUUCUCUAGAAAAUUUUAAUUGCAUAUAUGUAUGUUUUGCUAACCCUGCUUCUUCUAGGACAAUCGUUAGUCUUCCUCUUAAAGAUAUUGAGCUGACUCCUCUAUAAUUCCUGCAUUCAUUUCUAUUACCCUUCUUAUAAUUCGAGUUUAUGUAUGAGUAUUUCGUCUAGAUCUUUUUUUACUUCCUCAUUGCUUUGCCCGUUUAUAUACUAUUUAAAUGUUUCUACUUAUUUAAUGUUCUUUUGAGUGAAGACGCCAUUAAUAUUCUGAGAAUUCAUGUCGCGGAUAAAAGGAAAUACUGGCAGGCGUUAGAUAUUUGCCUGUAAUCCAUUGUCGCCAAGUUAUAUCUUCGCCUGUCUCCUAUCAUUUUCAUUAUGUCAACAAUAGAAUUAAAGAAACUAACCAAUGCUAACCAAAUGUUUGUUUAUUUCUACUCCAAAGUAUUUGGUUAGCUUUGGUUAGUUUUUAUUAUUCUUUAUAAUUUAGAACAGUGCCAUGUGUCAACCGUCAAAGAUACGACGCCCAUUGUAUCAGAUUUAAAGGAUCAGAAUGAUCACCCAAAGUUAAAUGGAAAACGUCUCUUGAAAUCUGCAAUUAGCAGAUUGGAAACAUUCUAUUUCGAGUGAGACACUUAGAAUGAUGUCCCUGUCCAUUGCCGGUAACAUAUAUAAAUCAUAAAUCAUAUUCCGAACUUCCAUUUCAACGUCUUCCACACACCUUCAGGCUUUGGUUUUUUUUUUGUUUGUCCUUUUUAGUGUUGUCCUGUUUAGUUUAGUGUGCAUUUUUUUUAUGUACAAUUUUAGUCUUUAAUUGCCAGAAUAGUUUAUCACAUUUCAAACCGUUGCUUGGGGAUGCAAAAAAAAAACAGAAAAUUGCUUUUUAGUAUUAAUAUUGCCAAAUAAAAUUGUUAAAGCUUCAGAAUGAACUGUAAAUCAGAACUUAAAAACUUAAAACUACGUAAAAUUUUAAGGUUAUGCUAGUAAAAUUAAACAGGAUAAAAGAAAGGCACGUGACGUGGGAGUUUGUCUUUCAUAAAUCGCUAGAUCCGCACGAUCUGACCGGAUUUGACUAUAUGUAACAAUUGCAUGCUUCCAGCAAGGCAAAAUUAUUUCUUUUUUAAGUCCUGUAUUGGAAAAUAAAAUAAAUAUUAAAUCGCCUGAAAUAAGCAUUUUCGUGUUUUUUUUUAAUAAAAUAUUUAGGAAUCCACGUGCCUAGCUGUAGCUGAGUUGAUUAUGUCUGGUUGUAAUAUGACUAAUGAGGAAUAGAUAGAGUCUAUAUGGGGAAUGCAAGUGGGAUAGAUAUAGACAAGUAAAGUUAAUAAUUCAACAUUUUAAAUCGAGAGAGGUUUAUUGAUAAAUGUACAUAUAUCUCCCGGGGGCGGAUUAACAUUCGAUGUCCGAAGGUUUGAUACGUUUAUCGAUGGAGAUUUUGUAUCUUGUUUUCAUGACUUUUGGAUCGCGAUGGAACACUUUCCCCUUCACAAGAAUUGCUUUCUUUACGGGAAGGAAAAAAUCGAUAUCAACGUGACCGAGUUACAAGUAUUUGCAUUUUACCUAUCAAGAUCUCCGUUACAUAUUCGCUUAUAUUGCGCAUUUUCUGCCUGCAUUUCCAAUGACACUUUACAGUCUUAGCAAAUUAGUCGUAAAAACUGCGAAUAGAAGAAAAAAAUGUAUAAAGUUUUGAAAUUUUGAUACGGAACUCCCAGUGCUAACUCUAAUACAGAUCCGAAGAGUUUUAACCUCCCCUCGGGGAGCUAAGAAACCACCCCAAAGGUGACUUCACGGCGGCUUUUUGUAUUCCCCAUUAAAUUCUACGUGAAACAGGGUUAAAGGGUCAAAAGUCUAAGAUCAGUUGUCCAGUUAAAAUUAAGACUUUUUUCCCAUAAAUAUAUGUCUCAACUUGAUUUGUGUUCGAAUGUCAAAGUUUUUAUAAAAAAUCGGAUUUUCAUUAAUUAUUCAAAACCAUUUUCAUGAUUCUGAUUAAACUUGGCCCGCUAAUUUGCGAUAAUAAGGAACUUCCUUUGAAGCAACUUUUUUGGAUUAAGCUAUUAAGCACAUUUUUUGCCUUUUCUAGUUUUUUCGUAACGCGUUUUGAUAAAAAAAAGGUAUAACAACAAAAUAUUUCAUGUUUACUGCAAUGUUAGGUUAAAAUAAAUAAAAUGUAAGGUGUUCACUUUUUUGUAAUUUCAGCAUCAGCAUUUACCAUAGGAAGAAAAAUGGGUCUCCAUUAAUGACAACUACGGAAUGGAGAAAUAUUCUAUUUUUGAUAUUUAGUCAAUUAAAUCUUUGGAGUGUGCUUGACUAAUUCUGGCUAGCUUUCGAAUCCCAAACAUCAAACUUAGACAUGAAUUUUGUGGCUUUUGAAUCCGGCGUUUAUCAAAAUAAUUUAAACCAGGGCCGUAGACUUCUGAGCUUAACUGAGACAAAACCGGACAAUCGCAGAGUUUUAUAUUUUCUUCGUAAAAAUUUGUAAAAAUUUAGAAAAUCUCCACAGAGUAACUACCCUAUAGAAAUCUCCCGUUCGGUUGAAAGGACUACUGCUGGUUUGCAUUUCAUUUUAAACAAUGUUUAGUGGACACCUCGUAAACUCUGUUUAAGUCAUAGUUUAAGGCUCCAACUGCAAAAUGAAGUGAGAGCAAGAAAUGAAGGUGGAAAAAUUCUGAUUGAAUUUUAAGCCAAAAAUUCACUACAAUUUUCAACAGCAUAUCAGGAGAUUGCACAUGUGGCAAUCACCAGAUGGAUCACAAGCUUUCGAGUGUGCGGUAGCACUAACUUGUACAUAUAGGAACUUUCAUCAGAAAAAACCAUAGAUAACUCCAUUAACAUGAAUACUUAUAUCAGAAAGGAGAGAGAUCAAAAUUAAGCGCACAAUAAAGAAAAAUAUAGCGACCUUAUCAAAAAAAUCAGCCGGAGUGUAAAUAAUGACCAAACGAAUACAUAUCGUCGAAUAUUUUCAAAAAUAUCAGAAUGCUUUCAAAAACACCCAUUUUAAAAUCUGAGUUAGAAGCCGCUCUAUGUUAGCUUAACAAACAAAACAAUACGUACUGAUCAACUGCAUCAAAUCUGCACAGAGGUAUGGUCCGAUAGUUAAACAGAAUCAAUAUACAUCCCAUUACAUUAUUAAUUAUAUUAUAGAACCAUAACUCUGAUCAGCCAUGGCAGUAAAAGUUCUCUUGUAAAUCGUACAAGAGAUCCAAACAGAACAAGUAGUAAUAAAAAGAAGGAUCGAAAUGUUAAAAGAAACUUUGGGCAAGCUGGUCAAGAUCUGGAAAGAAGACCAUAUUCCGAAAAUGACCAAGAUAAAACUUCUAAAAGCGCUGAUAUUCAUCAUCGCAACCACAAAGAAUGCAGAAUCUUGGACGCUGAACGCUGGAGAAUAGAGGCGUUUGAAAUGAUAUGCCAUCGCAGGAUGAGGAUCCCAAGGAUGCCCCACGGGGCAAAUAUUUCCAUACGCCGCGAACUCAAUAUUCGAGAUCAGAGAAGGAUACUCCAACAAUCCAGCGAAGCAUACUCAAAUCUUUCGGCCAUUUUAUACGGAAGGACGUGAUAGAGAAUAUUAUGAUCCAGGGGAAUGUCGAUGGCAAAGGAUCUCACAAGUAUGUCAGUAUCAGGAACUAUGACAACCGUAGAGGAUAGAGAAGCAUGGACCAUGAAUAAGUCGGUGCUCGAAAUAGAGCAUCGACUGGAUAGAAACAGAGAUCUCGAAAACAAAUCAAGUUAGAACAUGUAUGUAUGCAUUUUUUUCUGAAAACCCUAAAGCUCGAACAAGAGAUAGUGGUCAUAUGAUAAUUGUUUAUACCUGUGAACCUACAGUUUUGAACUCGUUUUCACACUACCCUUGAGGUAGAUUCGUUUUUUAAGGGGUUUCCCUGUGAGCGAAUUCCACUAAUAUAACUGAUCAUUUGCUUCUGCAAAGUCUUUCACCCCGACAACAUUUAAAGAGCUCUUUUCAAUUUUCUCAAUGUCAACUCGGAUUGACAUACGCUAUGACAAUUGUAGUGUAAAGUCCAGUUAGAGCAAACGCGCAGUUACGUCAUAGCAGCUAGUUCAUUACUGCAUGUCCUAAAUUGACACAGGAAUUUUGUUUGGUAGUUUUGAAAUCCGCAUCUUAAAACGGUAGGUAGCAAUAUAGCUAAGACAUACGGUUCAUUUUUUAUUACGUCAAUAUACGUGAUGUAACAACUGCUCUGACUGGAGCAUGCCCAUUUUCAAUAUAUAAAUUUGUACCUACUGGCAACUAAAACAAGGCUGUAGUUGCAAAAUUCACGCCAUCAGGAGUGGAAAUAUUAAUUUUAAUCGAGCCUAAAAGCAGUAUAUAACUGAAAUUCCAAUUUUUCCGUAAUUUUCAUUCAACUGUCGAGUUUAUCAUAUCAUCGUCAAUUAGUUCACAACCCCAACUCAAAUUGGCCCUUCUUCCGAUAACGAUGGAGUGAUUCGCAAAGUUCGAAAGUCUCUUCAAUUAGCCUGAAAUAUGGUUUGUCGUCACUUAGGGACAAACUUUUGAAUUAUAUUACCGUAUUAAUUCGUGCGAUAGCGGCUUAUUUGUUAAAUUAGUCCAAACAAGGGGCUAUUUAAAUCGGGAAGCGGCGGUAUAAAGUUUGCCAACUUCCGAGCUUUUAAAGAGGCAGGGGAUAUUUAAUUUUAAACCGUUAGGGUUAGCAAGUGAAAAUAAAUUUCAUGUAAGUAUUGAAACUUAGCUAAUUUGGGUCAUUUACGUAACAUAAUAUAAAUGACAAUCUAAAAAUUCAGUUCAACAAGAAGCAACUUCAACACAUAAUUAGAGAUCGUUAUAUGGAUGACGUGAAACUAAAUUAACAUCUGUUUUUGUUUAAUAUUCAAGGGCGUCAUCUGCUUACUCUGUUCUCCCUGAAUUUAAUUAAGCAUAACUUUUUUGUGUCGCACUGUAUGCAAUUUUUGACUAGGCAGGGCUAUUUUAUUUGCAAAAGGUACAUGUAAAAGAUAAAAAAUUAUGUAAAAUAAUAGAAAAAAUACUUCUAUUACAUUUUGCACCGGGUGUCCGAAAUCUAUGAGUGAUAUAAAAAAAAGUUUGAAUACCAAAGUUCUUUCCAGUAAAAUGAUUUAUAAUUUUUUUGUAUUAUUUCAAUUGUCACUGAGUUACAUACAGGGUGGUCAAAUAGAGUUACAUAAUAACUUAUCAAACAUUUUUCUGCGCAACAUACUGAAGUAAUACUUCUUCUUAGGAAAUAUUCAAAAUUAGAAUAUUUUAUCAAAUACCAUGUUUUGGCAAAAUGUUACUUCUCUCAAUUUAAUUCUGAAAUUUAAUAUAUAAUUGAUCGCAUUCACUUAGUUAAUCCCGUCCCAAAUUCGUUGUUGUAAUUGAAAAAUUUCUAUUGGCUUCUUUUUGUAUGCUAUUUCUUUUAAAGUGCCCCGCCAAAAAAAGGGUUUAAAUCCGGGUAAGAAGCUUGCCAGAACAUAGUGCCCUUACCUAAAAACUCCCUUAAAAAAUUUACUGAUAAGGAGCGCUAUUUUUUUUUCUUGUUGCCAAAUUAAAUUUUAAAUAUUGUUUCUAACCCUGACCACACUGACCACACUUUAACCGAUCUUCUGUCUAAUAUGUCCUCUUUUAUUUACAUUUUCACAUUUUCGAUUGAGGAAAUGCUUGUUAAAAGCUUAAAAAUGGAAAUGCAAUCGAUUUACUGUCAAAAAUUAUUAAUAUUGAUAUGACAACUAUGACACUAAUAUUUUCAUAGUUUCUAAUAUUUCUGACAUUAUCAGGUAGUUGAUUAUGUGUUGGAAGCCUGAUAAAUAGGGUUAUAUAAGCCCUUGUUGUUUUUAAUGAUAUUAUGAUGUAUAUAAUUUUGCAUCUGGGUGUCGUGCAAUGUUCCAAACGCAUUACUUUAUCGGGCUUCCAGAUCCCUAAAUUCCUGUAUAGGUGGUCUCUAUUUAUGUACAGUGCACUAAUCAUUGGUGUAGUGUUGCUAGAAAUGCGUCUAACGUGUUCAGACCAACUCAAUUAAAAGUCAUGUAUUGGGUAUUUGGGAUUUAUAUUAAAAUCGUUACUACAAGAUGUUUUUUUUAACCCUGCUAAGUAUAUUUCCGAAAAUUUCUACGAAUUGGUUGUAAGGUGGAGGUUUGCAUACGGUACUAAUUGUUAAAUUGCCCACAUUAGCACAUCCUGCUUAGUAUAUAAAGAUCUUUAGGUUGUAUGCUGGAAAUGCUCACAAAUGUUAAAUAUCGUUCGUGCUUAAUUAUGCUCAAGGUAUUAUUUAAAAACAAACAAACAUUUCGGUGAUAUCGAUAAUGAUAAGAGUAGCGUAAACUAGUAAUCUCUGUUUUCAACUUACACUGCACAGAAAUCUGUCGAACUGUUUUACAAUAAAAUUAACAAAAUAAUCGAAAAUAGAAUUCCAAACUUAACUGGCUUGUGUGCGAAUACGAGAUGAAGGAAAAAUAUAAAUAUCACCAGAAUUGGAAAAAAUGUCGUAACAAUUUGGAUUAUGUAAAUUUUGCCAAUUUAAGGAAACGGGUCAGAAUGGCCAUAGGGACCGAUUAUGAAAAAUACGUUAAAAAUACUGAAACAGGCAAGACUACUAACAGUUUUUUUUGCUUCUAAUAAAUCUAAUGCUAAAACAUCACCUACAACAGCUACAUAUGAAGGAGUCACACACACCGUGAUGACUAUUAUUUCUCAGGCGUUCUCAAAGCAUUUCUCCAGUGAUCUUGUGCCAGACCCAAAUAUCCAAAACGAUUUCGAUUGCACUUUACCGAAAAACAAAUUGCUGACAAGACUAAUAGCAUUGAUAUAAAUACAGAAGCCGGUCCUGACCGAAUACAUUUUUAUAAAAUAAUGCAAAAAUCGGGCCGUUGAAACUCCUUUUCGAGAGAUGUCUUAACGAACGAAUUUAUCCAAUGCAAUGAAAACUAGUUCACGUACCACGGAAUUACAGAAGGGGCCAAAAAGCGACGAUUAUAUCUAUGCUGUCGACAUUCAGAAAAAUAUUUGAAGAUAUUCUAGCCAAAGAAUUUGACUUAAGAGAUUUCACUAAAGCUUUUGAUAAGGUUUCUUUUAAGAUUCUUGUCAAAAAACAACAAUAUAUUUGUGUCCAUGGUAGCGUGUAGAAACUGGCCCUUGCAGAAUAACUUUAGGGAUUCUUCAAAGAUCCCUUCUUUUCUUGGCUCAGGCAACACGAUAUCAAGCAUUGCUUCAAUAUUCUGAAUUUGCAUACUUUACUGAUGAUUUUAAAGCACAUAAAGUGGUUAAAACUAUCUCUGAAUGCUGGCAAGCAGAUUUAAAUACUCUGUGAAAGAUACAAAUAUACAAGUGCUUUGAAAUGAGCUUUUCUAGGUGCAAAUAUAAAAUUGAUUAAAGAACAAAUUGAAACAAUAAUAAAUACCUACCGAAACUUAGAACCUAUAAUGCGACCUUUCUAAAAAUAGAUCUGUGUAAGACACUUGCCAGGUUAUACUUGGAAUACAUGAAUGCAUAAACAGAAAAAAAAACAUCCAAAAAAAGUUUAUGCGUUAUGUUGCGUUUAAAUUCCAUCUAAACCUAAUUUUUUUCAAAGAAAUUGGAUUCCUCCUGCGUCGGUACUUUGUAAAUCAAACUGGCUGAUGUUUCGCCAACCAUCCUGUCGACUUUUUCAGAGCUUAACGGAAACUGGCUUGCAUUCUACCUGCUUAUAUAUCGUUUGAGGGGCGCCUAGCUGAAUGAGGGACAUGGACGUUUUCUCGGAUGACUGAUUCCCAAAUUGCAAGUUAAAAGCCUGAAUUGCGGUUAAGAUUGUUGAGUUGGAUUUUUCGUUGGUAGAAGAAUUUUAGUUUUAUCGAAUAAGAUUUGAAAUCCGGUUUCAUGAUUGUGUUAGGCAAAUACUAAUAAGUUUAUUUGUCGUAGUCUUAAGGAUCUUUCAUGUUUUUUGAGCAUAGCUGAUCUCUCCAAUGCCGGGUAUGCAUGGAAUGCUGUAACCGGAAUUUUAUCUAUGACUCAUCGAGAAUGGUGAGAUAUUUUUGGACUAGUGGUAAAUUUAAUUUUGAUGUAACAUUUUUUAAGAACUUCUGAUAUGUGGUCAGUGAUAUUUUGAAUGUGAGGAAAGACGACAGUGGAAAGUGUGGGGCUGCUUUCCGACUCAUUCUCUUUAGAAGAAAAUUUUGUGGAAACUUAGAGAGAAGAGCAGAUAUAACGUGCUUUAAUUCGGAGUUCAGUGACUCGAGUUGAAAUAGUUUUCGCCAUUCACCACAACACUCGAAAAACAAUGAAUCCGAAAGCAACCCCGCACUUGCCAGUGUUGUUAUCCUUUACUUUCAUAACAUCACUGGCCAACAGUUCUCAAGAAAUAUAACCUGAAAGUUAGAUUUACCACUCAACAUCUUCAAUCCGUCAAAGACAAAACUCCUAUUCAGUUUCAGUUAAGCUCUGAAGAAGGCAAUAGUAUGAAGAAAAACUUAUGCGCCUUUAAUUAAUAAACUGAGCUCCAGAAUAUUGAUUUCAUCUGUUCUAUUUAUACACAAACUAUUCUCUAAUAAAAUUGGCAAAUCCAAGACUUUUAAAAAACUAUAAACCAUAUAACUAUUUAUAAAAUGUUACAGGUGUUUCGCCUGCAGGGGCAGCAUCAGACAUACCAAGACGCCAACUAAAAUUGAAUUUUUUAUUAAAAUAAACAAAUUUGAAAUAUGUGUGCGUUUGAGUUGACGGCUCAUCCAAAUGUAAAAGAACUAUAACUACUUUAGUGAGAUAGAUAUAUUUCACUUCAGUGUUAAUUCUACUGGAAAACGAGUCCAUGUUAUUCAAUGAUUCCAUAUUGAUUUGAAAUGAUACUUUGAUUUCCUGUUUUUUUUUCCUUUUCCGGUUUGGUUAAUUGGUUUAUUAAAUUUUCCUGUAGAUCUUUUGUUAUCUAUUAAUGGUAAUAGAUUAGUUAUAUAUACUCUGUAAUUUGUAAUGUUUCAACAUGACGUUGGGUACUGGAAUAAACAAAUAUAAAUAUAUGAGACAUGAGAUAAUUAUAUGUAUCUCGUUGGUGGAAUACGCUUACAGGCGAAACCUUUCAAAAAAGUCGGACUGAGAACUGUUCGGAUCUGCAUGUGAGUUGUUACCCAAAUUUGUAAACUUUAUACAUUUCUCCUUCUGUUCGUCAUUUUGCGACUAAUUUGUUUAGACUAUUAAGAGCAAUUAAUAAAAAAGUUUAGAUACUAUACCUAUACGAAGAUUUCCGCUUCCGGGACCAGAUUUCGAUGGUUGAUAUAAUGCAGACCUGACAUUUCAUCGUAUUUGGCCUAUACAUAUCUGUCUAGUCGAAAACAAAUAAUAGCGUUACACAAUUUCUGUAAAUUUAUAUUUGACAUUGUGAUAUAUUACCCACUAUUCGAUGACGAUGCUCUUCUCUCACUUCUGAUGCAGAAUUCCUAUUAAGUGAACCGCCAUUUCCAAGAACGAGUUUUAUUGAGGGCUUAAGUCGAACCCUCUAUUACAGUGGUUAUUCUGUUGAAUUAUUAUUAAUACAUAGAUUUAGACAGGCAUUGACGAAUUCCAUGUACCGUUCGCCCACUUAAUCAGAAUGUAUUGUACCGAAAAAUUUGAUAGAUCUAUCAGAUAUCAUUUUAGACGACGUUAAUAAUUUUUUACUGUAAAUAUUUAAAUAGUGUAAUAAAAAUUUUAAUGACAACAAGUGUAUCAUUUAUAAUUCUAUCCUCAAGCUAUAACUAUAGAGUU